AGAGUCUCUUCUAUGGUCCCCUCUUCCACCCUCAGGACUUUGGGUUUUCAAAGGAGCUCACUUGUUUGUGUGGACACUUGGAAACCUUCUAUUACAGUGUCACUGUUAUUAUGGAGUGGAACUAUAUACGGUAGUAGCUUCAUACUGCAUCUUCCAUCCUUAUGGAGAAAAAGAGUUCAGCUAUCGCACCCUUUUGUCCCUUUAGAUCCCUGUUGGUAUGAAAAUUUGAGAAAACCAAAGUGGACGCCACCUUCCGCUUUCUUUGCAAUAACCUGGAUUUUCUUAAAAGCGCUUCAAAGCUAUGCGUUCGCACUAUUAUGGGAAGCUUCUGGCAGGACGCCUUUUUCCAGUGUCAUUCUGUAUAAAGUCUGCUAUUUGGUGCUGUCUGAUUUAUUCAACCAAGUUUUCUUUGUUCAACACGAUAUCUUUGGCGCAUUUGUGAUUCUUUUGUGUAUGAUUGGCGUGUUGAUUGUUAUUCUUAUGGAAAGUUUUCGUCGACCUUGAUAUUACAGUCUCAUAUAUUAGUACU